GCUCCCGCCGCACGCUCACCGGAUCCUCGCUUCUCGCUACCCAGCCCCGACUCUCGAAUCCAGGGUCCCGGAGGGGGAGACUCGUGCUCGAUGAUCGCAUGUCGACGGUCGUUUCGGCGCGUGCUUCGGGACACUUCACCUCGGGUACCCCAUGCCCGAUUAUCAAGCUCCUCGGCCCUGGGUCUCGGCUUCUGAGAUCGCAACACCCAUACACACUCGAACCCGGCCCAUCACAUCUCCCUUUCAGAUCCUGACACAUCGGACACCAGAUCUAGACUUUGCCAUGUACUGUAUUGGAUUGCGGCUCACAGAUUCUGGUCUUGAGCCUCGAACACCUAAUAGUUUUUUCGCGUUUCUUUUAGCGGUACUGGACUUCACAGCGCUUUGUAUUGCGCUGUCUUGCGCGACGGACGCAUGGACGGGACGGCGGACGGUGGGUUUGUAUACACGCGGACGCACAGAUGUACAGGCGGAUGCACAUACCCAAAGGCAGAUGGACACACACACGGACGGAGGUGGACAUACAGAGAUAUACACACACACGGAGGCGAAGACACAAACACACGGACAAGGACAGACACGGAAAUGUAUACUCGAAGGUGGAGAGCCGCAAAUCCACACACAUACACAGAAACGGACGCACGCACGCACGAGACACGACUGCAUAGACAUCCUGCUUGGUACAGCACGGCACUGGGAUGCGUUGGCUUAUCACGAUACACCAGCCCUUGAACAGACAGCAGAGCAGACGCACUACCCACGUACUGCACGCCUGCUUUCCGCACUGCACGGACAAGUCAGGAGAAUCAACACCAUUCCACCAUCGCCAAUCCACACACACACAUACACACGCACGCAGACUAGCAGGCGGACGACACACACACAGAGAGAAAGAGUAGCGCACAGACAACAGAAUCACGGACACGAACACACGCGACCGGCACCGCGCACGAGAUACGAUAGCAUAGGCGUGGGCGUUGGGAUUGCUCUACAACGGCGCUUGGAUGGGAAGGAGGCGCUUGGCUGGGACGGGACGCGCGUGUACAGACUUGGGGUGUUUAAUACCAUUGUUGCAUGACUUGCGUGCUUUCAUUCGGUGCAGGUUCGUGCUUUCACUCGGUUCAGCUUCGUGCUUUGCAUUCCGUUCUGUCUGAAUCUGUGGGCUGCGCGUC